CCAGGUCCAAAAUUUCAUGAAGGCGCUGAAGUUGUCGCUUUUUAACCUCUUCCGUUUUAGAAUAAUAUAAAGCGGAAAUAAAUUGUUUACACGUGGAGCUCAUACCAACCGGCAACUUUAUAGCUUUGAUGAUAGAAAGUUUGUUUUGCGCAUUGGGUGUGUAGAAUAUAUUGAUAAACAAAAGCGCUGCCCACUUACUUAGACAUCUUAUUGGAUGAUCAUUUGCGAAACUGAAAUAUGUUUCCUUUUGCGAUUGUUUUUACCGGAAAUGGACCCUCCCUCUUGGAUCCCAGUCUUUUUAUCCCUCGUCCUGUGAACGUCCUUUGUGUUUGCCUGCUGUCAUAUGUGUCGGUACGGUGGGUGUUUGGUAUAUUUAUGUCGCCUUUCUGAUAUUUAAACUGCGUUUCCUACGCAAAAAAAAUUGGUUCAAGAAUGGUGGAACUUCGUAGAAAAUCUAUGUAACGAUGUCUAGCUGUGAUAAUUUUGUGGAACAACUUUGGAGAAAAGGAAAAUGUGCGAACUGUUUUCAAUCACGAGAAAAACAUCAAAACGCUGCCAACACACAUGAAGAAGCCGGCAGCGCUACCGCGAACUACAAACUCAAACGAGCGACAACUCUUCCUCGAAGCCAAAGAAAUCAAAAUUUUAAAGCUUCGAAUGUUGAAAAGGCGAAUAAUUUAUUUAAACAGGAACAAGUAAAUGAGGAGAAUGGCUUAGGAAAUGGUGUGAAUGACAUUAAAACCAUCGCACCUUGCACGACCAUUGAGGACACCAAAGAUCGCAGUGCCGUGAAUGAAGCUGGUAAAAAAGCACAGGAUUCUAAACGUUCUGUCGCUAAUAAACCCAAACCAGUACCUAGGCCGAGACCGAGGCCGACUUCUCGAGCGGUAGAAUUUGGUUUUAGUGUGAAAAGCCGCGAUGAAAGCUCCAAAGAAUCAUCGGCGGAUGUGGUGAAUGGUACCAUACCUCUGGAAGAUACUCUUGGGAAUUCCCACAGUGGACCACAGAGUAACGCAAACUCUAGAAAAAAAAAUUCCGAAGACCCUUUGCUUUCAAUAUUAGAUCACGAUAAGGAAUCGGAGGAGACAAACAAACUUAAUAUCGAAGCAGUCUGCGAGGCAGUAGCUCACGGAAAGGACGCCAUAGAAGUCGAAGAUCCGAGCAAUGAUAUGGAACGUCCAGAUGUGAACGACACCGACCGAGUCUCUUCAUCGAAUGACUCGGUCGUUGUGGAUUCAGUUCAAACCGAAGCAGAGGUUUCACCGUGUAAAAAUGUGGAUGGAGAUGAAAGUGAUGUCGAGGAAUAUGUCCCGAUGAAAAGCAAUAUAGCUUUGUUUGGCACCGAAUCUUUGCAUAAUGAACCUCACGAGACAGAUGUUUUGGAACCAAACUUCGAAGUCAAUUUAGAUUUACGAGAAAAAGCGAGCAGUGACAAUCGAGCGAUCAAUGCAUGUGACUCUCAAACCGACGAAGAAAAUUCUUCAGGUGUAUUAGAAUUUAGCAAUCCUUUGUGCGUGAUUACAAACGAUAUGGGCGACACAAAUAAGCUCACUACUCAAGAAUCUGGCGACUGUGACAAAUUGAAUGAUAAUCAUAACAAGAUUACGAGUUUAAAAUCUUCUAGUGCUGAGCCUUUUUACGUAAACAGACCGUCCAGCUCGAGUAGUGAAAGCACAGUUUCUAGUAGCCACGAUUCGGGCUAUGAAAAUACUCGCAAGUCCACCAGAAGUGAUUCAUCUCACAGUGCCUCAGGCAAUGGCAAUGAUGUCUCUACCCAUGUAUUAAAACCUGACGAGGUCAGUUUAGCAGGCAAGUCAGUUGCUUCUAGUAAAACAAACCACUGUGACUUUAAUAUUGAGUCCAGCGGAACAUCAAACAGCUCUUGGGGGAGUAGUACUUGGGACAGUUGUAGUACGUCUGAUUUUCACGAAAACAGCAGCGAAUCUAUGCUCACGGAAAAAGCAGCUAGAAAAUUUAACACCACUGAUAACAAACCUCAUUCUGAGGCGCUCACCUUCCGUACUGCCCAGUCUGUCACAACAGGCGAAACUCCUGCUUACGUGAAUACCACAUUGAAACCUUUCACGAAACCAUAUAGAGUGGUGGAUAUUAGCUCUGGUGUGUCCGUUCCAACUAUGGAGGAUCAAAAUGAUGCACCUCCACUUCCCCCCAAAGAGAAGGAUCUAAGGAACGAUAGGGCAGAAGUAUUGAACCAUGUAUACCUGGAACCCUCGGAGGAAACAAAGGGAAUUCCAGAUCAAGACCUGGCAAAUGACAAGAUAGAUGUGGUAUCGGCUGCUAAGGUGAGAGCUGCCUCAAGUCCGUCACUCAAACAAUCUUCUAGCAAUGUUACAGAUAACAGCCCUGCUGUACGAAGGGCGCCAGCACCAAGGCCACGUUCUAGAGUACCAUCGCAGUUUGGUACCUUACCUAAACCAGCACCUCGCACGUCAAGAAUUCUCAAUGAUAUGCCUGUUAAGGUUGACUCUAAAGAGCAGAAGGUAGCAACCCCUCCAGUUGUUUCAAUAACGCCCCUACCCACUACCCCUCCUCCAGACCCACCCUCCCUUACAAGACUGCCAUCGCUCAAGAACUCUAGUCAGGCAGCAGUAGCUCCUGCUUCACCCCCUCCCCCUGCAAAAGGCACGGCAGAUCCAGGGACCACAGAGAAUCAAUCUGAAAGUGUGCCUUUGAGUCCAGUCAACAAUGACAAUGUUGCUGCAGUAGGGGAGACACAGGAGGGACCCAUUAAACCCAAAAGAAGUGCCCCACCACCUCCCCCUUCUGCUUCCAGUCCACCGCCUCCAAAGUCGCCUGUAUCGGAGCCUGUGACACCAGUGAAGUCAGCAAGUCCCAGUCCAUCAAAGCCAAAAUCGCAGCCAGUCCGAUCAUCGACGUUUUCAGGUCCACAUGGUUCCAACCCGAGUCCAAACCCAACGAAAGCGUCUUCCCCAAAAUCAACGCUCAGAAGAGCGUUUGCAACCAUGAAAAAACUUGGAGGCAAAAAGAAAAACAGGCACAGCAAGACUAUAGAGAUCAGUGCACCUAUAGCAGUGAAUGAAGACGUGCCAGGCUUCUUGGCUCAGAAAGAAGCAGUGCGACGCCGAACCAUGUCAGAAGUAACCCCUCUGCAAGCUGAGCAGAACAGUGUAAAAGAAGGACAACGGACUGAGGCAGCUGAAGCUGGUACCCCGGCAGCAGUUUCAUCGCCAAAUGAUAGUGCGUCUGCUGUGUCUCCAACGCCUCCCGUCACGGGGGAUUCAUCACCCGUCGAGGGACGGUCCAGUAGGACAAGCUCUCCUAUCAUGCAGACAGAGCCUGGAAUUGGGUAUCAGAACUUCCCUCUAUCAAAGGGUGGAGACACGUUGGAACGGCCCAAGAAACCGCCUCGUGUGGCUAAAGUUGUUAAGCCAUUGCAGCACAGUGAGCCGACACCAGAUGAAGGUACGAGACAAAAAGACGAAGAACCGACUUAUCUUGAGCCCAAUAACGACGAGCUGACUCUCAAGGUGGAAACAGCUCUAGCCAAUUUGACGGGCGCUGAAAUCCUGGCUGAGGCACUGUCGAGAGUCGAGCAAGAGAUGCUUGGACCGCUGCCAGUCAUUCCCCGUUCUCGGCAUGUCCACUUUCGGUGUGAGAAUUCCGAUAGUUCGAAGACGUCCACGCUAGGCAGACCAGAGCUUCCAAAGCGUCCUGUACGGGUCGUGUCGCCAACCCUUGUUAACGGUUCUGGGGAGAAGAGUGAGUCUAAAUCCCGGCCGCCCAGGCUUCCCUCCAGGCCUCCCAACGCAAAAUCUUCUGGACCGACCAUGCGAGAACGCUCGCACAGUUUAGAAACGAGAACCCCAGAAAAGCGCAAACCGGUGAUUGUGCGCAGUAGAAGCUUAUCGACGAGUGCCAACGUACUGGAGAAGCGUUACAAUAAGAUUUUAAAACUGCAGAUGCAGACUUUGGAGGAGAUGAUUGACUCUUGGAGAGAGGAACUUCUGCCUGAUGCCGGUCUGGACUUGUCUGACACACGCUGGUCAGAUUACGAGAUCUGUGGUGAUAUACUGGACGUGGAGUGUCCUGGUGCGGUGCUUCUUCCUGUCAAAUGUGCCAUGUUGUGGGAAGGAAACAAGAAAUUGCUUGCCAAGGUGGAGUAUCCAAUACCGUCUGCAACUCACACGUUUAAACGAACCCCUUACAAGCAGGACAUGCAUGUAUGUGAGGCUCUGCCGUAUCACGUGAACAUCUCACGUGUUCUGACGUACUUUACUGAUGACGUUUCUGGAGACACAAUCGGGCGACCAGACUGUGACUCAUACGAAACAAUGGUGAGCAUCACAGAUCAAAUCCCUUGUGAAACGGUGGCGGAUUUUCUCAAGCGAACUAAGGAGGAGCAUUUAAGCGAUCCAGAAUCAUACGAGAAAAAGAUUUGUCUUUUAAUCCUUCAGCUUUUAAUGGCGCUUAAUCAUUUGCACGGAGAAGCCGUCGUUCAUCGCGACCUGAAAGCUGAAAACCUUCUCCUGCUAGACUGCGGGCUCUUGGUUGUGACCAAUUUCCAGCAUGCGCUUCACCAGCCCAAAAACACUCAACCUAGUCCUUUCGUUUUAAGCAAGAGUGGGUCAAGUUAUCUUGGUGGCAAUUCGGAGCACCUUCCACCGGAAGUGGUAAAUUCACCUAAAGAUGCUGACGUGUUAAACUAUGAAGAUUGUGACACUUUUGCAGCUGGCUGCUUGGUGUAUGAGUUCCUACAUAGAGCCAAUCCUUUCGCUGCCAAUCCAAACCUUGUCAAGCAAAGUUAUGACCGAACUGAUCUUCCCCCAGUCCCUUGCAAGUCUCGAUUUUCCAAGGGACUGGGCACGAUCGCCCGUCAGCUGCUCCAGCGCCAUCCUCAGGAGCGUUUAGCUGCUGGAGAAGCCAUUCAAAUGCUUCAAGUGUUGCUAUGGGGGCCGAAACAACUUGACGAUGACAGCGUAGAAAACGCCAUUGGUGAUUGGCUAGAGACAGAGCGGGCGCAUACGGUGGCAAUGAUCGCGCGAAAUCAAAUACAGAAAAGUUGUAACUCGGACGAAUUCAUUGAGACUUACAUGAAGUGUCAUUUUCUUGUGGAUGCCUCUGUAGAGACUAUAUCGUGGAUUUACCAGCAGCUGGGUCUUGAUCAGUGACGAGUUACUGUUAAUCUGUUGAUAGGAGGUUUCCGUAACGAAGUGACAUUCACAUAUAUGUGUAUUUAUGUGUCUUUAGUUCUCAAUAGUUUAGCUCUUAUGCAGGGUCCCUAAAGGGGUAAGGGCUUCAUGCCAACUGAAGGGCUGUAGAAAUGCAGCACUCCAGUUCACCAAGCACAGAAAAAAUCUUCUUGGAUUCUCCAUUGUAUUGCCUAAGAGCCUCUAAGAACGACAAUAGACAUUUGUCUGAGUUUUAACAACACAAAAGCUUUGUCUCCAGAAAAAAAAACUUAAGCCUAAGGCUUACAAAUCCCCGUUCGGGAUCCUGCUUAUACGAUAGCACUGGACUGAGACAAACCGUGCCAGGCUCUCAGGUUGUGUUCAGACGGGCGAGAAACUGAAUGCUCGAAAGAGAAAAUGAAAGGAGCAAGAAACCCAUUAACUAUUUUCUCCUGUCUCAUUCGAGUGUAUAUUUCGCCCUUUUUUCACGUUCUAAAAACUUUGAACAGGCCAUCAUUCAAUGAAGCUUUGGAACAAUGUUUUUACAAUCAUCUUUCUGUCAGCUUCAUAUCACCUGGUCCGUUUGAUUGGCUGACUUGGAAAUUCAAAAUUCAACAAAAGCAUAGAUAUCGAAAGGUUAUCGAAAUAUCACCGGCGGCGCUUCACAAUAGUCGGUGUCAAUUGGUGGUUUGCCCUUGUGUUUAAAGUACAGACUAGAUCAACUGAAAAAGUUGUAGCAAGGUUCAUUCUCUGACAAUAACAACCGCGAAAGCCGGUUCGCACGCGUGAAACGCGUGUCAAGUAAAACCGCGCGCGUUUUGUGUAUAUUUGACGCUUGCUCCCACGUUCACCUGUAACGUCAAAAAAUACCUUGAUGACUUUUGCAAGGAUAGAUGUGACGACGUCAAGAUUUAGCCAGAGAAUUUUCUUAAACUAAUAUAGUUAAAUACAUAGAUAUA